UAUACGUUACAAAAUAGACUGAUUUGUUCAUGAAAUUAUGAAAUUGAUCAAUUAACAAGCCUGGAAAAUUUGUAAAUGAAAUUUUGUAGUGUUAUUUAACUUUCAAAGUUUGCAUUUUUUCGAUUUUAUUAUUUAAUCUAAUUUUAGAACUAUUUUUAAAAACAAUUUUAUGAAUUAAUGGAAAUUAAUUAAAUUAAAAUUAAAUAAACGAGUGUAUGUCUGAAUGAAAUCUAUGUUUAAAAAAAGACUGCACGAACGUGACAGAUUUCGAACCAAAUAAAAAAUCAAAUCAUUGAAUAGACAGCAAUAUCGAGAAGAAGAAUGGUCCAUACUGCCUUCUAAACAGAGUGCAUCCAACAGAUACCCACCUUAUAAUCCAAACCUCUCUACUGCCAGUUAACGCUAUUUUCAAACCACCUCUCCAACAUUCUCAACUGUUUCUAACAAUUUAAUAGCAGCAGAAAAAGCAGCCAGCCGGAGACCCAUUCACCUUCCGGACAGCCAUGAACUCCGACAACGAUGAUGACGACAUUCGCAAACCUCCCCUCGACGACCUCGAUGAAUCCACAGCGCACCCACAAUCUCCAACAAAUCCUCAGUCACCCCAGCCACCUGCCGAGCAAAUUUCACCCCAGGAGUCAGAAAAAGAUAGGAAAAAACGGUUAAAGUUAGAGGAAAAAGAGCGCGAAAAAAGGGAAAAAUCGCUAGCGAAAGCGGAAAAGGAUAGCAAAGGGCGGACGCAGGCAGGAGAGGGAGGUUUCGUUAAAAAUACGUUUUCCCAUAUUUCCGGGUUUUUUACCAGCCCCAAGCCCUCAAAAUCCCGACCGGAAGUGAGGCCCAAAGAAGGGGUCACGUGUCGAGUCGUGCUUCUUGAUGGGUCGGAUUAUCAGACUGUUGUUGAUACUACCAUGCACAUUCGUGACCUACGCCCUGCUUGGCUCAUACACCGUCCAAUCAGACUUGGGGAUUUUGAGAUAAACCCGAACGGAAGGGAGACGGAUUACAUUGAGGACAUCAUAUUCUCGCCAACUCAGACUGAAGAGUUGCUUCAGAAAAUUGUUGAGUUGCAUAAAACGCAUAGAGGACAGCUUCCAGUGGAUGCUGAGUUGAACUUCCUGGACAACGCAAAAAAACUUCAGAUGUAUGGAGUUCAUUUCGUACCUGCAAGGGAUUCUGAACUGGUCCUUAUCUGGCUGGGGGUUUACUACGGUGGAAUAAUAAUCGUGAGAGAUGGGGUCGUCAUCAACAAGUUCCCCUGGCCCAAGAUUUUAAAGCUGGCCUAUAAGAAGAAGAAAUAUUACAUGAAGAUAAGACCAGCUGAGUAUGAGCAGUUCGAGAAGACCAUUGGAUUCCAGAUGGAGAGCCACACGCACGCGAAAAACUUUUGGAGGCUAUCCCUGGAACAUCACACUUUUUUCAGGUUCAAACAAGCCAAUGCAGCUGAGAAAAACAGAAGUUUCUCCAUGCUAAGCCUGACAUCUCGACACCGCUACUCUGGUCGCACUCAGUUUCAGACGCGAUCUCAGCGCAUCCACAGAAGCCAGCCAGACUUCGAUCGAACAUUCUCUCGACGUACAGGAAGAAGUUUGGGGGGCUACUCCAUGGCUUCGUCCACUUCUUUCGAUCGCCAGGGAGAAGCCUGGCUUCAGGGGGGACCCAGCGGUACUGGAAAUGAGUUGCUCAAUGAAAUUGGAAAGGUAGCAGUGUUAGCUGGAACAGGAUCGAACGUUAACAAACUGGCCUACGUAAAAACCGUGGUACCUGCCUCAGCUGAGAGCCCGGCUGGAACUUCCUCCGCCACUGCCGCUGGUGGAGGCGGUGGACGUGGAAGCCACUUCAAUGAACACAGCUUUAAUCAGGGAGAGGUUGAUAGUGCCACUGGUGAAUCGAAAAAGAAAAAGAAGAAAAAAGCCAGGCCAUCUGUCGACGACGAACAACAGCAAUUUGACGAAGACGAACCAAUUCCGCCGCCUUAUCCCUCCAUACCUCAAGACGAUCCUGAGGUACAUGGUUCAAGACCUACCGUGGCCCCAAAACCAAAAAGUAAAAAGAAGAAGAAUGGUGAGAGAGAGAACGAGAGAUAUGAGGAGGUAGUCAGUGAGCAACGCUCCGAAAAAAGAGGAAGAAUGCAUGAAGAGAAUGGUCAUGAUGAUGAUGAGGAGGUUGAAGAUGUUGAUCAUGAUAUGGCCUUGAGGCGUGCCAUAGAAUCAGUAACAGACGUUGAUCACAGGCUGUCGGUCAAGAAAAUCCAACUGGACACCGACCAGCUGAUGAAGGAUGGAAAGAAGAAGAAGAAGAAAGACGGAAGAGAUGGAGAAGAAGAGAGAGAUGAAGGGGAGAGAGAGAAGAAGAAGAAAAUGCCUAACAAUCAUUACAUCAUUACACUCUCAUCAUCACUACGAUAACAACAAAAAUAAUAAUAAUAGAAUUAUCAUUGACGUUGUUAUCAUUGUUGUUCUUUUUUUUCAUGAACGAUGAAUAAAAAUAAUUUGCACUGUUG